UUCUUAAAUAGUAGUAUAGAUAAAUGGUAGUACAGGAAACCAUAACCUCCUCCACUUGUAGUUUUCAAAUCAUUGUUUUCAGAGGGAAAAAGCCAGAGAGAACAUAGAAGAAAGUAGAAGGAUAAUCUUAGGGAUCGGAUUAAAAAAACAUGGCUCCAAAGCGUUCGCCUAAGGUGGUAAGCACUGCGGUGAAGGCCACCAGAAAAGUUAUGAAAAAAGAAAUUGUGCAAGUGGAAGUGAUUCAAAUUCAAAGCGUCCAAAGGCCAACUCAAGGAGACAAAGGUAAGAAAAAAGAAGGGGUUACACUUUCAGCCCAAGAGACUCCAAGAACAAUUGCUGUUGAAGACAAAUCAGAACAAGAAAACCAAUCAGUGAAAGAGAAAGAUAAAGAGAAGCCCACCAAAGAGAAGAAGAUAAGGAAGAGGAAGAGAAGUGGAGAAGGGUAUAAGAGGUAUGUGUUUAUGGUAUUGAAGCAGGUUCAUCCAGGAAUGGGAAUAUCGUCAAAGGCAAUGACUAUUUUCGAUAAUCUGAUGAACGACAUGUUCGAGAGGCUUGCAAGCGAGGCAGCGAAGCUGUCUAAGUACACGGGGCGAAUGACAUUGUCUUCGAGAGAGAUUCAAGGGGCAGUGAGAUUGGUAUUGCCUGGAGAGCUUGGGAAACAUGCCAAUUCUGAGGGGACCAAGGCUGUGACUACCUAUAUAUCCAACAACAAUACGAAGUCUUAGCCUGUUGGUAUCUGAUUAAUCAGUUCUUGUCUUGUCUCUAGGUUUGUUUUUUGUUGCGUCUGUUCUUUUGUUGUGGUAGAUCAUGGAUGGACUAUUUGGAGUUGGUUUUAUUAAGUUCGUGUCUUUUUUGUUAAAAUUAUGGUUUGGUUGUGGGGAUUUUGGUGCCAUUCUCUGUUUCUAUUUUGUAGUACUUCAAGGUGGUGUAAGAGGGAACCUUGAAUCCUUGAUAGAUUGUAUACUAUAUCUAUUUGUAUCUUUUAUGUU